AAGAAGAGAAGUUCUGACGGUCGUGUUGUGUCGUGACUUGCUUACUUGCUUCUCGAACAAAUAAAAUCGUUGUUUUCUGGUUUUUGUGAGUGUUAAUUAAUUUUUUGGAAUGAAUAUUACUUCAGCCGCGGGGGUGAUUUCCCUCUUGGAUGAGCCAAGGCCAGAACUUAAGGAGUUUGCCCUAAAAAAGUUAGAUAAUAUCGUUGACGAGUUUUGGCCAGAAAUAUCUGAAGCUAUUGAAAAAAUUGAAAUUUUACAUGAAGAUAAAAUUUUUCCGAAACAUGAGUUGGCGGCUUUGGUUGCUAGCAAAGUUUACUAUCAUUUGGGUUCUUUUGAGGAUGCGUUAACGUAUGCCCUAGGUGCAGGUUCUCUUUUUGAUGUAAAUUGUCGAUCAGAAUAUGUAGAAACUUUGCUAGCAAAAUGCAUAGAUUUCUACACUCAGCAGCGCAUUAGCUUGGCAGAUGAAUCAUCAAAUGCUAAACCAAUUGAUCCUCGUCUCGAAGCCAUCGUUAAUCGUAUGUUCCAAAGAUGUCUGGAUGAUGGACAAUAUCGUCAAGCCCUGGGCUUGGCCUUGGAAACCAGGCGAAUGGAUAUUUUUGAGACUGCCAUCACCCAGUGUGACGAUGUGGCUGGGAUGCUGAGUUAUGCAUUUCAAGUAGCCAUGAGUUUGAUUCAAAAUCGCGGUUUUCGUAAUACGGUGUUACGGUCUCUCGUUGAACUAUAUCGCAAUUUGGCAAUACCUGACUAUGUCAACAUGUGUCAAUGUUCAAUUUUCCUAGGCGAUUCCGAUUUUGUUGCCGAAAUAUUGGCGAAGCUUGCGAAGGGCGACGAAGAAAGUCAGCUUAUGUCUUACCAGAUCGCUUUUGAUAUGUACGAAUCAGCCACACAGCAGUUUCUUGGUAAGGUACUACAAGCUUUACGUACCAGCGCUCCGCUACCCCAUUUGCUGAAAUCUAAGACCAAAAUAAUCGAUCCCAAUAUAGAAGAGAGCGAAAAUGCCACGGAGAUUUCCGCUGAAACAGAAGAUAAAAGAACAUUGCAGAGUUUGAGUGAUGCUGAAAAGGAGCACCAGGAACGCGUUGAAAAAUUGCAUAAUAUUUUGUCUGGGGAGGUGUCAAUUGAAUUACAUUUGCAGUUCCUUAUUCGUUCAAAUCAUUCGGAUCUUCUAAUAUUGAAACAAACCAAGGAGGCAAUUCGUGUGAGCAUUUGCCACACUGCCACUGUGAUUGCGAACGGUUUCAUGCAUAGUGGCACCACUAGCGACCAAUUUUUAAGAGAUAAUUUGGAAUGGUUAGCAAGAGCUACAAACUGGGCAAAACUUACAGCUACCGCAUCUUUGGGGGUAAUACAUCGUGGACAUGAAAACGAAGCCCUAACGUUAAUGCAAAGUUACUUACCGAAAGAAGUUGGACCUAGUUCUGGUUAUUCCGAAGGUGGCGGCUUAUAUGCUCUUGGUCUUAUUCACGCAAACCACGGCGCAAAAAUUAUCGAUUAUUUAUUAAGUCAGCUUAAAGAUGCCCAGAAUGAGAUGGUCAGGCAUGGUGGUUGUCUGGGGUUGGGAUUGGCCGCUAUGGGCACUUAUCGACGCGACGUCUAUGAACAGCUUAAAUUUAAUUUGUAUCAAGACGACGCAUGUACCGGUGAAGCGGCAGGUAUAGCCAUGGGCAUGGUUAUGUUGGGCUCUAAAAACGCUUCUGCCAUAGAGGAUAUGGUCGCGUAUGCCCAAGAGAGUCAGCACGAAAAAAUUUUACGUGGUUUAGCCGUGGGAAUUGCGUUCACUAUGUACGGCCGUCUCGAGGAGGCCGACUCUCUUAUCCAACAAUUGACAACUGAUAAGGAUCCUAUCCUUAGGCGUUCGGGCAUGUACACCUUAGCCAUGGCUUAUUGCGGAACAGGACAUAAUCAGGCCAUCAGGAAGCUCCUGCAUGUGGCGGUUUCAGAUGUUAACGACGACGUACGGAGAGCAGCCGUGACGGCCCUCGGUUUUCUGCUGUUCAGAACUCCGGAACAAUGUCCCAGCGUGGUGUCCCUCUUGGCAGAAAGCUAUAAUCCCCAUGUGCGUUACGGUGCUGCCAUGGCUCUGGGCAUCGCCUGCGCUGGAACCGGGCUUCGCGAAGCCAUCGCUCUCUUGGAGCCGAUGGUUAUGUUUGAUCCGGUGAACUUUGUCCGUCAGGGUGCCCUCAUUGCUUCCGCCAUGAUCCUAAUUCAACAGACUGAGCAGAUGUGUCCCAAAGUAUCCUUCUUCCGACAAACCUACUCCCAGGUCAUCAGCAACAAACACGAAGACGUUAUGGCCAAAUUUGGAGCAAUUUUAGCUCAGGGCAUAAUUGAUGCAGGAGGUCGUAAUGUCACCUUAUCGCUUCAAUCACGUACAGGACACACUAAUAUGUUAGCAGUUGUCGGAACCCUCGUAUUCACCCAAUAUUGGUAUUGGUUCCCACUUGCACAUUGCUUGUCUUUAGCAUUUACUCCCACUUGUAUCAUUGCUCUUAACGCCCAGCUCAAGAUGCCCAAACUGGAAUACAAAUCGAAUGCUAAACCCAGUUUGUAUGCAUACCCAGCACCUUUGGAAGAAAAGAAACGCGAAGAAAGAGAAAAGGUGACAACAGCUGUCUUGAGUAUUGCCGCACGCCAACGUCGUCGCGAUCAUGAGAAAAGACAUCGAGAUGAAAAAAUGGAUGUGGAUGAAGAAAAAGAAGAAAAGAAAGAAGAAAAAAAGGACGACAAGAAAGUCGAGGAGAAAAAAACUGAAGAUAAAAAGUCUGAUGAAAAGAAAGAGGUAAAGAAAGAUGAAAAAGACGAGAAGAAAAAGGAACCUGAACCUACGUUCGAAAUCCUCUCAAACCCAGUUCGAGCUCUUCGUCAACAGUUAAAGGUCAUCUCGUUGAAUGAAGGGUCUCAUUACGUACCUAUGAAGGACGUCUCUAUUGGAGGUAUUGUUAUGGUGCGCAAUUUGAAACCAGACGUGGAAGAACUAGUCGAACCAGUUGCUGGUAAGUUACACGUAAAUAAAUUACGAGGCAUAUUUCACAAAAUGGAAAAAAAUUAUCUUAACAAGUGUUGAUUUUACUUGUUAGCU